AUGAUGCGGUCUCAGAAGUGCUGGCUUUUCAGCUUGUCUCUCAUUACUACCUUGAUUUUUGUGUUUGUUUACCAUAGCAAGUUACAGAAGAAUAAAAGUGUUCGGAAGGCAGCUCUGACAAACAUUUCUCUAUUAGCACAAGUCUGUCAUGAGAUUUUUGAGGGAAAAGUUUUUUAUGAAGCAGAAAAUACCUUGAGAACGACUCGCAGUGCAUCUGCCUGUGAUGAGUUUUUGGUUCUCAGUCAUUACAUAACAGAGACACUCUCUACAGAAGAAGCUGCAUUCCCCUUGGCUUAUGCAGUGACCAUCCACAAAGACUUUGAUACAUUUGAAAGGCUCUUCAGAGCAAUUUACAUGCCCCAAAAUGUCUACUGUGUUCACGUGGAUGAGAAGGCCACAGCUGAAUUUAAAGAUGCCGUGAAGCAAUUACUGAGCUGCUUCCCAAAUGCUUUCCUGGCGUCCAAGAUGGUGCCAGUUGUCUAUGGCGGAAUUUCCAGGCUCCAUGCUGACCUGAACUGUAUGAGAGACCUGGUGGCAUCGGAGGUUCCCUGGAAAUAUGUGAUCAAUACCUGUGGGCAAGAUUUCCCUCUGAAAACCAACAAAGAGAUUGUUCACUAUCUGAAAGGGCUUAAAGGAAAAAAUAUUACCCCAGGAGUGCUGCCUCCUGAUCAUGUCAUUGGACGGACUAAGUAUGUCCACCAAGAAUUAUUAGGCCUUAAAAACUCCUACAUGACUAAAACAAAAAAAUUAAAAACUCCUCCUCCCCACAAUAUGACCGUCUACUUUGGCACUGCCUAUGUGGCCCUCACAAGGGAAUUUGUUAAUUUUGUCCUUCAAGAUCAACAUGCUCUUGACUUACUCUCCUGGUCUAAGGACACCUAUAGUCCUGACGAACAUUUCUGGGUAACACUCAAUAGGAUUCCUGGUAUGUAUAUCUUUUAA